UUAAAAACAAAUCAAAUUUGCGGAGAUAUUUGAGAUUCCCUUGCUUCUUUCAUGCACAGACACCCCCAUCUCUUGGAUUCCUUUUUUCAUCGAGCAUCGGAUCACCCAGCGAUGUUCUUUUCCAUGAAUUAUAGCCUCUUCAAUCUGGCGAUGAGGCAAAGAAGCUGAAUUGUAAUUAGCCUUUCCCUGUCACAAUAUAAUUUUACUUCUUCCAGAGUGUUGAUGAAUGGGAUUUCAUUCUGAUAUCAUUUGAUCAAUACAAUGUCUACAUACCCUGAUCCAAUGGAACCUGCAGACUCCAACCACAGUCUUCUAAGUGACAGACGUUCUGAAUUGGGGAGUCGUUAUGUGGUUGAAUCUGGGGUCUAUAUGUCAGCAUUUGCCGCUACUGUCUUUAUUGCUGCACUUGUUACCAUUGGAGUUCUACUGCUUACUCUGCUGGUUGCUCUAACAGUCAUGUUAGAGAACUGCCAAAGCAGAAAUAGUGGAGUCAUUGAGCAAGUUAAAGCAAGUGGCGAGAAUGGUUAUUGCAGAGUUUUUGCUUUCCAUGCUGAACUUAAUAACUUGGAAGCUGAUGAAUUUCCUCCAACUUGUUUAGCUCAUGCUUUUGAGUAUAUUGGGGAAGUUCAAUACUUGCAAGAUUUGAAGCUGACAGUGCAGGUUGCGGAGAACUACUUUAGUUCCAUGAAACCAGAUGGUGAUGGCUCUGGUGUAAUAUUAGUAGAUGCGGAUGAUGUAUUAUUACCAGAUAUCAACUACACCGGUAGUCCUGGUCAAAAUCGGAUCAAACAGGUUGACGACAUGGAAAAUCAAGCUCGAUCACUGGUUCUUGAAUUGCACUUGAAACUCCAAACCCAUGGAUGGAUUUUGAUUCCAUUUACAAGAAGACAUAUGAAGCAUUAUAAUGCCACCAUAGCCAGCCUGAGCUCUGUGGGUUUUGGAGGACACUCUUCACUAAUAAUGAGGUCUGAUGAUGAAGUUGCAAUGGAGAACUGGAAGUUUAUUUCUGAGAGAAGAGUGAGUUUGCAUAACCAAGGUGUCCACAUUAUCAGUGUCAUUAGCAGCCAGAUGGAUGCCCUGACUGGGCCCUGUUUGGGACAGCGUAAUUUCAAGCUUGCUCAUCCAAUUCAUCACAGGACGGAACAACAUCAUAAUCUGUGAGCAUGAUUGCCAACUGCCAAGCGAAGAGAAAAUAAAUAAAUAUAUAUAUAUAUAUAUAUCAGCCUAUUCUAUUAGUGGCGUGGCUUAAUUAAUAUUAUUCUUAUUCUUAUACUCGAACCUUGUUAUAUCUUAUGUUUGGUUUUUUGGUUUCGGGCCAUUUGUAAAACAAUAUGAUAUAUGAAACAAUUUCUUUUAGUUUAUCAUCA